UCGCAGCGUAUUUCUCGAUUUUCUGGCAAGCUUCAAGCAAACAUCUUGAGCGAGCAACUAGUUUUCUCGAUCCAGUUUCCUUUCCUUGUAAGCAUGAAGAAGGCGACACUCUCAACUUGUGAAAGCUGCAGGGGAAGACUGACGCGCUCAAGAAGAUCAAAGGGGUCGAUAAGGUGGAAUCGGAGUCGUCAGGCCUGGUGGUGAUUGGAAAAUUUGAUGUGGACGACGUGCUAAAGGCGAUGGAUUGCCACCACAGUGUCCUUCGUUCCAUCGAGAACAAUUACGAGCCCCCCAAAAAGAAGGAAGAGCCGAUCUAGAAAGCUUUUCUACGAGCGAGUUUUGCAACGCUAUGUUAACUGCGUUUUCUCAGGUUGGAGAUGUUAAAGGUGGCAAAUGCUUUUUUGAUACUAUGCCUCAGUAUGACAUGGUGUCGUGGAACAACAUGCUUUUGGUCUAUGCUCAGAAUGGCCACAUUGGAAAAGCUCGGGAACUUUUUGAGAAGAUGGAGCACCGUGACCUGGUUUCAUGGACGUGCAUGGUAAGCGCGUAUGCUCAAGCUGGAAAUAUCAAAGAAGCCGAGUUCUUUUUCCAGAGAAUGCCUUUCACGAAUAUCGUGUCGUGGAACUCGAUGAUCUCGGCUUACAGCCAAAAGGGAAACUUUGAGAGAGUUGAGAAGAUGGUAGAAAAAAUGCCGCAGUCGAGUUUGUCGUCGUGGAACGCUGUUCUAGCUGCCAAUUUCGAUAGAGGAAAUCCGGAAAGAGCAAAACUAGUGUUUGACGAGAUGCCGGAGCACAGCUCCGUGGCUAUGAGCUCACUGAUUUGUGGAUAUGCGCAGUUUGGUUUCAUGGAUUUUGCACGGGAGGUUUUUGAGAGUGUUCCUCACAAAGAUCUACUGUCGUGGACGUCGAUUCUGAUCGCUUUCGCAAACCACGGAGAAGUGGAAGAAGCGAAGCAUUUGUUUGAAACAAUGCCACAGCGAGACAUCGUUGCUUGGAACGCAAUCCUGGUUAUGUAUGGUCAAAACGGUGAUUUAGAAAACGCAGCAAGGAUUUUCAGCGCGAUCUCGUUUCAUGGACCUCGAUUCUGA